UCUAUGUGCAAAAACCUCAAUCUGUGUAAUUUGAUGUCAAAGUAUUGCUGGACAUUUUUAAAUCCCAUUUAAACAAAGUUGGGUAUUUUUCAAUUCUAAAAACGCACCAAUAGACCUAGAAUGGUGCUUUUUAAGUGUACUUAUCGGGAACUAUCAAAAGUUUAGUUUAAACUUAUUUUUGAAUAAAUUUGUUUCAUACGACCUUUGAUUGCACAUAGGACACGUUUCAUAGAACAAUUUUUGCAGAUAGGAUUAAACACAUUGGAGCAAAUGCGUGCAGCAUUGCACAUAGGACUUUUCUAAAUUAAAUUUAAAUCUUUAUUUAAAAAGAAAAACUUUUUUUAUGAUAAUGAUGUUUGUACAAUCCUCGCGCAACGUGUGGUCAUCAGCUGAUCGAGAGCAUGAAAUGUUUCAAUGCUUGCAGCGCGAGAGAGAGAAACCGUUAGGAGAAAAAGUCGACCAAUCAGCGCUCUCGAAGGCAUCUGUCAGAUAGGUGCUGGCAAAACAUCCUAUGCGACAAUGUAAACAAUAUUUGGUUGAGUCGCAUAGGACUUUUCAAGUUUUGCGUUGUUUUUUUUUGUUUUUUUACGUUUUUAAAAUUUAAAAAUGAUUGAAUCCUGUCGUAAGCUGUUCAGGUAAGUUAUUUUUUAUUAUACAGUACGGUGACAGCACAAAUUAUGGCGUUUUUUUCGCGUUAAUUUUUAUUACAGAUCUGAUCGGUGCCCAAAUCUCCACCGAAAGAAACCGGCCUACCUGGAGGCGGGUCAGCACGGAUUCCCGGUAACGGUUCGAGUCGGUAGACAAUAGUGUAAUAAACAUCUGCUUCAAUACGACGGUGUUGGAAAAUCCGACGAUAUUGGCUGUCGAAAUUCUGCAGGACGCGGCCGGAACCAAGAAAAUUCAGCUUAUCAAUCCCGUGUUCCUUCGUAGUUCGGCUCCUCGUGUGACAUGAUUAGAAUUCCGUGCCAUCUACGACCACCCCCGGGACGCACCCUCCACUCGCUGGUGAGGACCUUUGCCUCAACGAAGCCGGCCGAUUUAUCCGGGACACAGGAAAAGAGCACCCGGCAAAAGAUCAAUUUCCACGAGCUUAAACAUCCGAGCAAGGUUCCCCAGCGUCCACACAAAUCUACGAUUGACGGCCAGUCGACACCAACCCGCAUCCCGGUGGACGCCCAAACGGUGCAGCUGCUGGAGCGGUUAAGCCUGGUGGAUCUGGACAGCGCCGAGGCCCACCGGACGCUCGAGGACGCGAUCGAGUUUGCGGAACCGCUGUACACGGUGCUGGAGCGAGAGCGGUUGACGCUGCGCGAGGACCGCGUGUCCGACUGGAACAUCCAGCAGGAUGUGCUGAGGAACGCACGCGUUACCGAGGAGGAGUACUUUGUGGCGCCACCGGGAAAUAUUCCGCUCGAGCAGGAACCGAGGAAGUGAGCGGGGGAUGGUUGGUGGGAAGGGGAUUGUGGGCUUCCGGCAGCUGCUGGAAGCUUGUAGGGAUAGUAAAUUUGUAGCGUUAGGUUUGGGGGAUAAUGUUGUGGACGGUUUUAAGCUGAGCCCGAUUGGACGAAUGUUGCGCAAUAAUCUGAGAGAUGAGUUUAGACGAGGGGAAGCUGGAACAGCGGUGUACGAAGCAUGUUCUGGGAUUCCGAUGCGGGAGAACCUGAGCUUUGUAAAGGAAACCUUUGAUCCGAAUGUACCGUUUGGAGUUACAAUAGAGGAGCGAUUUGCGAACGGGAAGGUUCUCUUGAAUGAUUCCUUGACCCUUAAUCUGGACCAAGGUCACACGCUCUCCUGUCGAUACCUGAUCAACCCGUGGCCACGCUGCAGAUCGUGCUGGAUGCGUUUGAAAGUGGCGGCGAUGCAAGCGUGAGGAUUCACCGCAAGCUGGCGCCGUUCAAGUGUGGCAUCGUGUGUCUUUCCGACAACCCCGCCCUGAUGCCGGAGUCUCGACUGCUCCGAGCGUAACGGCGGUCGUUCCCUGGCCAAACAGCUGCACCACCUCGACUCGAUUGCCGUCCCGUACUGCCUGCUGCUGCGCGACCAGUGUCUCCAGAAUGGCCUCUUUCAGCUGCGGUCCCGCGACACCACCCUCAGCGAAACGAUUCACAUCUCGGAUUUACCGCAAUAUUUAUUGAAAAUAGUAUUUAACAAGUUGAGUUUAAUAAAUACAAGCGCAAGUUUAGAAGAAAUCGCAUAGGUAUUGUCUCACGUUGAAGCCUUGCCUUGCCGAUGUGCACGAUAAAGUCCAUUCCUACGGUGCACUAAAGUCGCGCUGCCGUCCAUGAUGGUUCCCUCGCCGGAGGCAAAGUUCAGGAACUUGAGAUGAAUCAGCGUUGAGAUUUGCGCCAGCAAGUUGCACGUCAGGCCGAUCUUCUCGUCCAGAAUGGCGUAAAAGAUGGCCAACAGCCGGUCGAUGGUGAACGCCUUCGGUCCCAGCUGGUGGUCAUCUUCUCCGACACCUUGGCCUUUGCGUUGACCGACUGGAGGCGCUUCUUCUGCCUGCCGUGAUAUUUCAUAAACAGUUAUU